CAGCUGUUGGGUCUGUUUUUUUUUUGGGAGUGAUGCUAGUCGGUCAACACGUGGGGAGUAGAGACUGACUUUCCAAAGAGGACACGUUAGAGAAAGCCCAACUAGCAGUAGAGCUCUCACCGUGGCGGCGCCGUGGAACCUAAAAUACUAUGCACAAAGCUUUCAUUUCCUAGUCCUGGAACUACAAAUUACUACAAUUACCAUUUUGGCCAAUUCUCAGUAUUUAGGUUUGGGAUUGGGAUCUGACAUCUCCACUCCUAUGUAUCCUGCUGUUAUAAAAGCCUACCUAAGACUCACAAUCUUGCUGUGUAGCUGCUAGUGUCCUGAGGAAAUGCCGCUGAGGUUUCGCGCGGUUGUACCCUACACGCUUCCCGGAGUACUCGCACUUAUCGGCUGGUGGUGGUACAUCUCGCGGAAGAAAGAGCGGCUCAUCAGUCUUGGCAACCCAGAGGAGGCUCCGACUGACAUAGGCCUUCGAACAUCUCCAGCAGAGGGUAGCAAUGGUUUGAUUGAAAAAGGCACUGUGUCCCCCACAAAUGACACAGAAUGCCCAACCCACAGACCCCCAAAGGUCACUGACAAGAAAAGCGAUCCUGAGAACAUUUCCUUAAUCCAUGUCCUGGACAGCAAAGCAUCACCUUUCCCAGAACUAAAUUCUGGAGAAGCCGCCUCUCUUCUUGGCAGAAUAAGGGGAGAGGAAGUCCAUAAUGCCUGUGUCUUGCCGGAACCAGCAUUUGGCAAAGGCGACAGCCUGCAGGUGUCUUGGAAAGACCAUAAAGACCAAGAGAAAAGCUCAUCACUUGGUUUGGUAACAGAGUUGGAGAUACACCAGCUCAAUGAUCCAGCCUCUGCUCCAGAAGCCUCGGUAGAGGAGGAGGUCUUGCCUUGCCGGUCUAAUGAGGUCACCAGCUGCCCCCCCACAACAGCCUACCUGUCUGAUGCAGAGAGGCCUGAGCCAGAGGGAGAAGUUGCAAAGUACCACAGCACUAUUAAUGCCCAAGAUGAGAUCAUUGUUUGUGCAGUCACCCCAGCCAAAGUGCAGAGAGGGAUCCGAUCAGAAGCUGACAAUCUAGAAACGCCAUCGGCGCAGGAUCUUCAUCAACCUAUUCUAACGAGCACACCUGCAGAUACGGAUCCAACCUCCAUAGCCUCGACCAUUGCACAAGACUCCAUCACCUCAUCAGUGAGCCGAGGGGACAUCCAAAUACACAGCAGCAGUGAAGAGGAGCAGGAUCUUGAGCGUCUGGCAGCUGGACUCAUAUGUGGGGUCAUUUCGGCAGCCACCCAGGAGGUCCUUGGGGUUAACAUGUGCCAGGUCACAGACAACAGCCAGCCCAGCUGCAGCAGCAGCACACCACUGGCUAGCAGCAGACAACACUCCAAACAGGAGCCAAUCAUAACUGCACAGCAGGACCACCAUCAUCUACUGACAAGCUCCUCGCAGAUCAGCUGUGAGUCUCGAGAGGCAACAGAGCAAGAACAGCUAGGAAUGACUAAUGGAUGCUCCUCAGCUCCCUUAUGGGAGACCGAUGAGAUCAGGCAAAGGGUUCAUCAGACAAACACUCAGACAGGCCACUGGCCAACCCCAUCGCAGGAAGAAGCACAGAGUGUGCCACUGCUAAACACGCAACUGAAAGGUGAUGAAGUAGCCGUGCUGGCCGAGGACUCAGCCUGCAGCACAUGCCACUCUGAGGAUGGCAUCAGCAGCGAGGAUCUUCAAAACAGCAUGUUCGAUAACCAAAUGGAUGUAAUCCAAGUGACAGACUUGUCAGCAAGAGAAGCCACACAGCCUGGGUCGCUGGUUGAGACUGCCACAGACCCAUCAGUUUUGGACGUGACUGAAGAAAACUCUGUAGAUGCUGCAUGUGAAAUAAAGAGACUCAACGGAAUGGGCCUGAGGAAUGGAGCUCAUGGGACAUGUGAGGUGGAGACGGACCAGUCGGGAGGCUCUGAUGUGAAUAGUAUGGACUCAAUGGACAGUGGCUGCACUAUGGGUACUGGGGAAAGCCAGAGCAACCACGCUGUCCCCUCGGGCUCUGAGCUCAUCAUCUGGGAGAUCGAGGUGCCAAAGCAACUUGUCGGGCGGUUAAUCGGCAAGCAGGGAAGAUUCGUCAGCUUCAUCAAGCAAAACUCUGGUGCAAAGAUCUACAUCUCCACCCUGCCUUACACCCAGGACUUCCAGAUCUGUCACAUAGAGGGUACGCAGCAGCAGGUGGACAAAGCCCUGUCGUUGAUUGGGAAGAAGUUCAAAGAUCUGGACUUAACAAACCUAUAUGCACCUCCAGUGCCCCAACUCGCAUUGCCAUCACUUCCUAUGACCUCCUGGCUCCUGCUCCCCAGUGGAGUGACAGUUGAAGUGAUAGUGGUGAACAUCGUGUCAGCCGGCCACAUCUUUGUCCAGCAGCACACGCACCCCACCUUCCACGCCCUGCGAAGCCUCGACCAGCAGAUGUUCCUCUGCUACUCCCAGCCCGGCACCCCGGCCCUGCCCUCACCUGCUGAAGUUGGUGUGAUCUGUGCAGCUCCGGCGGUGGAAGGUGCCUGGUGGAGAGCCCAGGUCAUCACCUUCUAUAAAGAAACCAAUGAGGUGGAGAUUAGAUAUGUGGAUUACGGAGGCUACGACAGAGUGAAAAUCGACUCACUACGACAAAUAAGGUCUGAUUUUGUAACACUACCAUUUCAAGGUGCCGAAGUGCUGCUCGACAGCAUCGCCCCGAUUCCAGGAGAGGAUCGUUUUUCACCAGAGGCGACAUCGGCGUUGGAGGAGCUGACCAGAGGAGUGGCGCUGCUUGCACAGGUAUCGAACUAUGACAACAACACAGGCCUCCCGCUGGUCCACCUGUGGAAUAUGGUCGGAGAGGAGGUGAUUUCAGUGAACCGUACCCUGGCAGAGAGAGGCCUGGGUUCUUGGGUGGAGGGAUUUUGAACUCCUAACAUGCUCUGACCUCGACACCUCCAACUGCACCCCCCCAGUCUCUCGUGGUCAGCAAUCUGGGAUCCUGACCCGUGCCCCCAGCCCUACCACUGGAUCUAAGAAGAUUGUUCUUCUCGACUUUCUUUCAUCAUUUUUGUUUUUGUUUUCUUUUGUUGUGGUUGUCAUCGUUACCCUCCCUCAUUCCUUUUGAAAAGAAAAUGUAAAGAUUGUUUGCAGGCAUACUCUAAAAGAACCCAGCACUGCUUUAAAAUGAGACAACGUCCCCCUCUUGUACUUGUACAAAAAGAACUCCAAGAAGGAAAGGGAAGAGGUACUUGGGAAUUUUUUUUUAAAGAAAAAUCUAUAUUAUAACUAAAUAAAGGUGCAGAAAAUAUUUUUUCCUCCUCCAUCCUACCUUCAUUUUUGCUCUGGGCCUUUGCACUUUGACUGUGGAUCAUCAUGCUGUGUGGAAGGACUGGCGCCUCCAUCAGACUAUGUAGAGUGAGUUUCACUGACACAUCGGCUAGAGUCGCCUGUAGGGCUUUGCUUUUCAAACUUGACUCAGCAGAUGUUGUGGUCAGAGAGUCGCCUGGAUAGAAUGUGGGGGGGCAGAGAAACUGAGACUGUUGACCCUGGUGGAGCACAGAGCACCCAGCUGGUCUGUUCAGCCCUGUGGCCUCAUGAGACAUGGACUUCUCUGGGGUCUCCCUCCAGAGCUACAGCACCUCCAGCUCGUAUAGAAGAGCGAGCUGGUUGCCUCUGCUCUACGACUCUCCACCAACUUUCACUGCGUUAAAGAAGAACCAGGAAUUUCAAGCACCCAGACAACAAGCAGUUGAAUAGCUUUUCCCAGUGGAACUUGGAAAGUUGGGCAAUAGUUCUCAAAGUCAUUAUUUCCAAGGUGCAUUUUUCUAACUGCCUGUUCAAGGCGACAUCCAGCUGAUACGCUUCUUUGUGUUGGGCCUGUUUUACUUUUGUUCUAUUUUUAAAAACUGACUUUACUGUAAACACUUAUUACAAUAUUGUAGUGGCUCUAAGUCCUAACAUUGAGUGUCCCCAAAGUCCUGAGACCUGAUGAUACACACUCACUGAGCACUUUAUUAGGAACAGCUGCCUAUUCACGCUGCGAUCUGAGGAACAAUCCAUAGUCAUGGAGACACAGGUCAGACGCUUCAGUUAAAUGUUCAGUGCGUAGAAUUUAGUGACAUCUAGUGGUGAAGGUGCAUUUUGCAGCUGAAAAGUCCUCACUUCACCCUCCCCUCCAAAACAUGAGAACAUGUGGUAGUUUGUCCAGUUUGGACGACCGUAGAAAAAUAACAUGGCGGCCUCCAUAGAGAUGACCUGCUCCUGUUGUACAUAUAAAGUAUUUAAAUAUAAAAGUCCCAUUCUGAAUUAAAGAAAAUAAACUUAUCAAAUUUAGAUGAACAUACACUAUUGAAAACAUCCCUAGGAUUAUUUAUAUUAAAUUCCUGCCAAUCGAUCCCAUUCACCUGAAUCCUACACACUGAACUUUUUUAUGUUCACAACAGAGUGACUAAAAAAACAGAUCCCUGGGAUUGUUGGGGCCAGAUCUGCUGGUUUGAAUAUUUCUGAACCCUCUGAUCUCCUGAGAUUCUCAGUUUCUUGUGUCCAAAUUGAGCCCAACAAUAUCCAGUGAAUAGCAGCUCUGUAUUUUCUAAGAGGUCACACACACACCUGAAUGUUUCAGUGGUGAACCGUCGCCUCCUGUUCACUUCCAAUCUGUGUGAGCAAAGAGGUGACUGAAUUACUUCCUCUAGCGAGGCAGAUUGCAGCAUGGCUUCCUGUGGACAACUUUGACCCGCGAUACGUUUGUCCGUGCCAUCUGUGUGGUGUUCCCAACAAAGUGCUCAGUGAAUUUAUAUACAGUACAUUAGUGCACAAGAUAUUUCUAUGGAGAUAAAAACACAAUCUGAAUAAUGUUGCACUCCCAUUCAAAAUUUAGUAGAUGUUCUGCAACUACUUCACGUCCCCAGGUUUAAUCCUAAUUCCAAAGAAAGUGGACUGUGUCAGCUGGUUGCUGCAUUAAUACAUUAUAUUAGUGAUUAAUGUGACGUAAUGGCAGACUGCUGCUGUUACUGUGACUUCAAUAAGGGACCCAUGAAAAAGGAAGUGUCACUGUUGCCCUCACUGUAGACUUGCUGCGUCCUAUGGCACAUUUUAAACUUAUCAAUGCUCGACACUGACAGUUUUCAUCAGGCUGAUGCCUGUGUUCACUAGCAGAGCAGAGCCUUGUUCUUCACAUGUGGACAACAGUUAACUUUAUCUUUCAAUUCUUCAGAGCAUCACGUCCUCAAGGCCAAACCUGAGGAAUGCUGAGCUGGUGUAGUGAAGCAUUAACAUUAGUGAUCCUGGAUAGAAAGUAUCAUGAAGCUGAUCUUCAGCUGACCCUUAACUCUGGGUUUUUCACUCCCGCUGUCAGCGUUAUUCAUGUGGAAGUUCAUCAUCAGAGACAUUGGCUUCUUGAGGUGAAUGUUUUUAAUUUGAACAAAAUGCAAGAGCAGAAAGAAGUAUCGAAAUAUUCUUAUUACAGAUGUGAAUUCAUAGGUUAAAGAAGAACUUUUUUUUGCCUUUCAACAUAAAGAGCAAUCAUCUGUUUCCCCUUUCUCUGGAGAUGGGACAUCAUUCUCAGAUGUUACACAUGAGAAUUUAACAGUAAUCUGUCUGACCUAAAGGAUGCUCUUGUGAUUUAAUAGGAGCUAAUUAAGAGCAUGUGGAUUUCUUUGUCUAAUAGACAGUGAGUAGGAAAGGCCUUGACUGCCGUCCACUUCAGGCAGAACAAGUCAUUAUUAAUAUCUGUGCAGCUUGUGGUACCAUGGUAAUAUAUCCCAGUUAACUGUGAGCCAGAUUUGUGAUGCACAAAAAUGUGAAUAACAAUUUGAGAGGAAAAAAAUGGGAUCAAACCAAGUCUGCUGAUUGAGAAACAGGAUGACUUCAGAUUGUUGACAUCUUGUUGAGGGGAGUUUUACAAAAGAGACUCAGGGGUUAUUGUUCACAGAUUAGUUACCAGGUUAAUGAUCUAGUAAACACGACAUGUUCAGAUGAAGAACGAGUUAAAACGUUAAGAGGGGGUUGAUGAGGACGAGGCCACGCUGGUGAUGUGAGGAUCCAUGAUAACUUUGGCUUUAAGAACCGGAUCUAGACGUGCUGAUGCUGCUCACCGAACCCCUGGAUUAGUUUAUCCACAUGUGAAGAACAGGGUCCUGCUGCGCUGGGAGCAUUUUACCACGGGUUUUAACUUCUAUCUCUUCAACUGUCUUUUCACUAUUGUAGACAUUUGUUUAUUUUUGUCAGACAUGUUUAUUCAGUAUCAUGCAGUCCGACCUUCCCUGUGUUUGCACGUAUAUACUAACAAUCGACUCAGCUGGACGUGGCUGAGUGAAGAAGGGAUUCCUUUCCACAUUAUGACUCUAAUUCUAAAUAACGUUGGAUCUACAUAUGUCAUAGUUUUAAUGAGGUUUUUCAGUGGAAAAAAAUGUUAUUCUAGCAAUAAGGCAGCUUUAUUUGGACUAUUUGAAGGACAGAAUGUUGGGGGGGGGGGGGGUAUUAACUGUUUAAAUAUCUGACACUCAUGUCUAGAAGGAUAACCGCUGUCAACGGUAACACACUGUAAGGUAAUCUACACUUGUUCAGUUCAAUAAUUUAUCUCAGGAAUGGUUAAUAGGGUGAUGAAAGCAACAUGCACGAGGGCAGCUGAUGGUGGAUUGUGCUAGAAAACAUUGGAUAGUGACGUGCAGUAAGUGGGUCGUCAGUGUGUGUGUUGACCUCCUGAUGAAGGUCAACACACGUCGGUGCUGGGAUCGGAGCAGUAGCCAUAUUGUCUGUCCCUGGCCUGUGUGCAUCCUUCCUGUUUCACAUGGACUCUGCUCCUCUCUCUCUCUCCUUUUUUUAAACAACUGUUUAAAAUAACCCCUCAUCCAUCCCACCGCUGCCCCCUGCUGCCCAUAGACCCUGUAGACUAGUGUUAAUUUCUUUGUAUAUAAGAUAUUGGACUGUACUUUUCUAUAACACUGGAGAGAACAAGCUAUAAAGGGAACAUUUUUUUCGUUUGGUCUGCUCUAGUUCAUCCCCCCGCCUCCUCAAUCAACUCACUCACUGUUGUCACGCCGUGGGACUGAUUUGUAAGUGUUUGCACAGCUAGACAAGUCAUCAUUUGAUUAUUUAAAUGGAUGUUAAGCUGUCGUUGCCUAAAAGCAUUUAACAUGUACAGAUCAGGUUUUUUUGCUAGGCCCAUCUUUAAGUUUGAUUUGCUGAUUGUACAGAUCUAUUAGGGAGAAAAAAAUAAAAGUUAUUGAAAGUG